AUGCUGUCCGGCGCGGGCGCCGCGCCCCCGCCCGCCGCCGCCGCGGCAGCCGCCGCGCCGUGCUGCCCGCCGCCCGCGCCGUGCCCCGGCCCGCCGCCCGCGCUGUGCCCCGGCCCGCCGCCGCCCCCCGCCCCGGCGCAGCCGCCGCCGCCGCAGUUCCCCCAGUUCCACGUCAGGUCGAGCCUGCAGAUCAAGAAGAAUGCAAUCAUCGACGACUACAAGGUCACCACGCAGGUCCUGGGGCUGGGCAUCAACGGCAAAGUUCUGCAGAUCUUCAGCAAGAGGACGCAGGAGAAAUUCGCCCUGAAAAUGCUGCAGGACUGCCCCAAGGCCCGCCGCGAGGUGGAGCUGCACUGGCGCGCCUCGCAGUGCCCGCACAUCGUGCGCAUCGUGGACGUCUACGAGAACUUGUACGCGGGGCGGAAGUGCCUGCUGAUCGUCAUGGAGUGUUUGGACGGCGGAGAACUGUUCAGUCGAAUCCAGGACCGAGGAGACCAGGCCUUCACGGAGCGAGAGGCCUCAGAGAUCAUGAAGAGCAUCGGCGAGGCCAUCCAGUAUUUGCACUCGAUCAACAUUGCCCAUCGGGAUGUCAAGCCUGAGAACCUCUUAUACACCUCCAAAAGGCCCAACGCCAUCCUCAAGCUCACUGAUUUUGGCUUUGCCAAGGAAACCACCAGUCACAACUCUCUGACCACUCCUUGUUACACACCAUACUACGUGGCUCCAGAGGUGCUGGGCCCAGAGAAGUACGACAAGUCCUGUGACAUGUGGUCCUUGGGCGUCAUCAUGUACAUCCUGCUAUGUGGGUACCCCCCCUUCUAUUCCAACCACGGCCUUGCCAUCUCUCCGGGCAUGAAGAGUCGCAUCCGAAUGGGCCAGUAUGAAUUCCCCAACCCAGAAUGGUCAGAAGUAUCAGAGGAAGUGAAGAUGCUCAUCCGGAACCUGCUGAAGACCGAGCCCACCCAGAGGAUGACCAUCACCGAGUUCAUGAACCACCCCUGGAUCAUGCAAUCGACGAAGGUCCCUCAAACCCCACUGCACACCAGCCGGGUCCUGAAGGAGGACAAGGAGAGGUGGGAGGACGUCAAGGAGGAGAUGACCAGUGCCUUGGCCACGAUGCGGGUCGACUACGAGCAGAUCAAGAUAAAAAAGAUUGAAGAUGCGUCCAACCCUCUGCUUAUGAAGAGGCGGAAGAAAGCGCGGGCCCUGGAGGCCGCGGCCCUCGCGCACUGA